CUUGAUAACUGUCAACUGGACUAAGGAGAAAAGAAAGGAUUGAGUCAAGUCCGUGGAUUUAUCUACGCAAUCUCGCACCACCCGAACCCAGACCCAUCCAGCCAUGAGAGAGAAACCCAGGUUGUCGACGGGCGAGUACCUACAGCUGACUUAUGCUGUCGGUUUCGGCGCAUUCUCUGCUAGCUGGGCAGCUUUGACAGGAUGGUCGCGUGGGAGUAAUAGACCAUCGACUUACGGAAAGCAUGUUAUUUACAGUGCGACUCGGUCAAUAUUUCCACGUGUUAGCAUCAGAAUUGGCCAGGCUCUCAGUGGAACGACAAGAGAUCAAUACAAGAUCUGGGCCACGAAGAAUGGCGUAAAGGAGGAUCUGGUGGAAAUCGACAGCAACGAGGGGAUAUGGGGUUGUUGGCUGGGGAGGAAUGGAGAGGUUAGCGACGGGAGAAAUCCAGGCAAAACGUUGCUGUGGUUCCACGGUGGUGGAUAUGUCGGCGCGGCUGCCGAACCCCAUUUUGCCAUGCUGUGGGCGUUCAUCCGAAAGGCCAAAGCCAGGGGAGAUACACUCAGGGUGCUGGUCUUGGAGUAUGAUCUCGCACCGCAUCGAGUAUACCCCGCGCAAUUGCGACAAGCAACGUUGGCAUUGCAAUACCUUUUGAGCACCGGCUUGAAAGCAUCAGAGAUCCUUAUCGGCGGUGAUUCAGCCGGUGGAAAUCUGGCCCUCGGCUUAGUGCUACACCUUUCGCAGCCACAUCCGGAAAUUUCACCUUUGAGCUUGACCGACAGACUUGCCGGUGCAAUCCUCAUGUCUCCCUGGGUCAAACUUCAAACCGACUCAAACUCCUAUACCAGAAAUAGUCACAAAGAUGCGCUCAAUGUCGACGCAAUCCGUAGUUGGGCGGCGAGUUUCUUGGGCAAAAGCACAACCGACAAGUACAACACUCCAGUACAGGCCACUGCGGAGGAUUGGAAAGAUGUCAAAGUGGAGAAGUUGGUCGUCACUAGUGGCAGCGAUGAGUUGUUGGUGGACGAUAUUCGCACUUUCGUUGACAUUCUUCGGAAGGCUCGUCCCGAUGUUGAAUAUCUCGAGGCUGCGGGCGAGGCUCAUGACGCCUUGGUGAUGGACAGAGCCUUCGGGUUGAAGCAUGAAUUGCAGUCAGAGAAGUUUCUCUCUGCGUGGCUCAUGGCACGGUUGAAGUAAACCGAUGGCAUUGAAAUGAGUAGUGAGAGGACUCGGGAUCGUUAGGAGGAUUGCAUUAGCACAUCGCGCGCAAGGAAAUCCAGACUUUCA